CGACGAUGCUGACGUCGAAUUUAAAAAUGUGAUGCUCGCGGGGCUGAGUCCCACACAUUCACCGCAGAAACAUGUAGAAAAAGACGCUUUUUUCAUCUUAUUUACUGUGAAUGCGGCUUCACCGACUUUGUUGAUGAAAUCUGAGUAUUUUAUUAACGAGCUCACCGAAGGAACACACGGAGGAGUCCAACAGUCCGGAGUUAGCCAGACCGUUCUAGGAUGGUUCUUUGCUAACUGACCCUCCCAUUGGCUGAUAUUCAUCCAUAUCCGGUCAUUGACCCUCAGUGAGAAUGUAGACCAGGCAGUGAUGAAUGCUGGGAGGUUAGAGCUGAAGGUGAAGAGAGUUUGCUCCAGGAAAAGAUCCAGAGAAAGCCUGAGGACUCACCUUACACCUGCCCGGAAGAAAGGAGGGGGCCCCUGUCUUCAGCAAUGUCCCCCAGAGAGGGGGCCCCACUGUACCAUGGAGCAAUGUCCCCCAGAGAGGGGGCCCCACUGUACCAUGGAGCAAUGUCCCCCAGAGAGGGGGCCCCACUGUACCAUGGAGCAAUGUCCCCCAGAGAGGGGGCCCCACUGUACCAUGGAUGACAAACAGGCUGUGGAGUUCUGCAGCGACAGCGAGGAUCUGUUCGGGGAUUAUGACAGCAUCCUGGAGGACAGCUCGCUGCUCGCCAAGCUUGACGAUGUAGAGCAGAAGGAACGACAGCGUGGCGUCCAGCCGUCGGCGCACACAGACAGAACAAAUCAGACCGAAUUCACCGGUCUGCGGCCGACGGAAGACGUCAACCAGAAAAAAGCCUGUGAGGACGUCCUCACUGACUCCAUCCUGGACGACCUCGGAGACGAACCCUUUGACGAUUUACCCGCCAGCCUGCUCCAGUUUCAGGAAGAAGUCAAAGAGAAGAGAAGCAGGCUGCAGGACGGGGAGAAAACCUCCACGCCGUUUAAAAACAGGGACAGGAUCACGGAGGAUAAAUCCAGGAGGAAGUCUAGGAGGAGCGUGGCCGACCACCUGAAGAGGACGAUGAUGUGUAACGCCGCCGCUCCUUCCAGCGUGUCUCGCUCUGUGGUGUUAAAAGAAGCGGUGGUCAAUGAGGAGAUCAACGUCGCCAUGCAGGCCAUGGAGACGGUUUCUGCAGAGACCCCCGACCUUGGACCGUUCUUUGGACUCCCCUCCAAAGUAAAAGACCUGAUGUUCAAACUCAGAGGAAUCAAGAGUUUAUACUACUGGCAGGAGACCUGUCUGAACCUGGACUGUGUGGAGCAGAGGACCAACCUGAUCUACUCUCUGCCCACCAGCGGAGGAAAAACGCUGGUGGCAGAGAUCCUGAUCCUCAGAGAGCUGCUGUGCAGGAAGAAAGACUGCCUGUUCAUCCUACCGUACAUUUCUCUGGUUCAGGAGAAGGUCAGGGGGUUGGCGAGCUUUGGCCUGGAGCUGGACUUCAUGGUGGAGGAGUACGCCGGCAGUAAGGGUAAAUUUCCUCCAGUGAAGAGGAGGAAUAAAACGUCGCUGUACAUCGCCACGAUCGAGAAAGCUCACAGCCUCGUCAACUCUCUGAUAGAGACGAGCAGGAUCGAGAACCUCGGACUGGUGGUGGUCGACGAGCUUCACAUGUUGGGCGACGGCAGCAGGGGAGCCAUCAUUGAGAUGACUCUAGCCAAAGUUCUCUACACCAGCAAGUCGACUCAGAUUAUCGGGAUGAGCGCCACGCUGGGAAACAUUAAAGACUUGCAGAUGUUUUUAAAGGCUGAAAAUUACUCUAAUGACUUCAGACCUGUACAGCUGAAGGAGUACGUCAAACUAAAGGACACGAUUUAUGAGGUCGACCCGAGAGAGGAGGAGUGUUUCAGGUUCUCACGUCCUCUGAACUUUAAGUAUUCCAGCGGGAUGCAGAAAAUGGACCCGGAUCACAUCAUCGCCCUGGUGACUGAAGUCAUCCCGGCACAUUCUUGCCUGGUUUUCUGUCCCACGAAGAAGAACUGUGAGAACGUGGCAGGGAUGAUCUGUAGAUACCUGACAGACGAGUUCCUGCAGCACCGUCAGGAGGAGAAGUCGCUCCUUCUCCGGGAGCUGAGGGACAGCGGGAACGGCUCUCUGUGUCCGGUGCUCAAGAGGACGGUGCCGUACGGUUUGGCGUAUCAUCACAGCGGUCUGACCUCUGAGGAGAGGAAGCUGGUGGAGGAGGCGUACUCCAACGGUGUGCUCUGUCUGCUCGCCUGCACCUCCACGCUGGCUGCAGGCAUCAACCUACCAGCACGAAGAGUGAUCCUUCGCUCGCCGUACGUGGGCAUCGACUUCCUGAAGAGGAGUCAGUACAAACAGAUGGUGGGGCGGGCGGGGCGAGCUGGCAUCGACACCUUUGGAGAGAGCAUCCUCAUCCUGCAGGAGAAGGACAGAAACACGGCUAAAGCUCUGGUCUGCGCCCCGAUGGAGAAAUGUUUCAGUAACCUGCUGCUGGACGAUGGGAAAGGCCUCCUCAGCCUCCUCCUGUCUCUGAUCGGCCUGAGCAUCACGCCCACCGGCGAGCAGCUGAGGGAGUUCCUGAGCGGGACGCUGCUGUCGGUGCAGCAGGAUCAGCUGUGUCUGAAGAGGAGUCUGUGGGAGGAGGUGCAGACGUGUUUGGACGUCCUGAAGGAGAAGAACCUCGUCACUGAGUCUGUGGACGAUCACACGCUCAGGGUCACACGGCUGGGGAAAGCUACGUAUAAAGGUUCUGUAGAUCUGGCCUACAGCGACGUCCUCUACAAAGACCUCUGUAAGGGUCUGGAGGGUCUGCUGCUCAACAGUUAUCUCCACCUGGUCUACCUGGUGACCCCGUACGACAUGACCUCUCAGUGCAAACCUGACUGGAGGACGUUCUUCAGACAGUUCACUCUGCUGUCAGCCGCCGAGCAGAAAAUGUCUGCAGCCAUCGGAGUACCUGAGAGUUUCAUCGCCAGGAAAGCUGCAGGACAGGCGGUGAAGAAGAGCGUGGACAUGGAGGCGGUGAGCAGGAUGUACCUGGCUCUCGUCCUCUUCUCUCUCCUGAAGGAAACGAAUCUCUGGAGCGUCUCUGAGCGCUUCCAGCUGAGCCGAGGACUCGUCCAGACGCUGCUCAGCUCGGCAUCGGCCUUCUGCUCCUGCGUGCUGCACUUCACCGAGGAGCUGGAGGAGUUCUGGCCGUUCAGAGCGCUGCUCACUGAGCUGACCAGGAGGCUGAGUUACUGCGUCAGAGCCGAGCUCAUCCCUCUGAUGGAGGUGGCCGGAGUCAUGGAGUCCCGAGCCAAGCAGCUGUAUAACGCCGGCUAUAAGACCCUGACUCACCUGGCGAACGCCGACCCGGCUGUUCUCAGUAGGACCAUUGAAAACCUCUUCAAGAAACAAGCCAAUCAGAUCGUAGCGUCUGCUAAAAUGCUGCUGAAUGAAAAAGCUGCAGCGCUGCAGGAGGAAGUGGACGAGCUGCUCACGCUCCCCGCCGACCUGCCUCGACCUUCAAACACUGAAGACUGAUUUUAUUUAUCCCAGAGGAGUUUUAUUCUCUUUAUAAAGUCUGACUUUUAUUGUUUUUCUUUGAAUCUGAUUAAAAUAAUGUGCA